UGUCUUUUUACAUAGACACCAGAGUGGGGGGGGGAGGGAAAAAGAACAGGCUUGCAACCAUAACUCAGUUGGACUUGUAUCCAAGAAGUCAGAUGCAAUGGAUUGGCUCCCUCACCGAACAGCUGCUUUUCUUUUCCUCUUAUUGGUACUCCUGGAUUUCAGCACAGGAUUUCAUGUAGAGGUAAAAGAAUGGAAUGGAAAUGGAACGGCAAGAUGGAAAACUUUCAGAAGACAAAAACGCGAAUGGAUAAAAUUUGCUGCAGCCUGUAGAGAAGGAGAAGAUAAUUCUAAAAGGAAUCCAAUUGCCAGAAUUCGAUCAGACUGUGAAGAAAAUAAUCCAGUCACAUACAGCAUCUCUGGAGUUGGAAUUGAUCGUGCCCCUUAUGGAAUAUUUGUUGUUAACCCAAGAACAGGAGAAAUUAAUAUAACAUCAAUAGUGGACAGGGAAGUGACCCCAGUAUUUGUUAUACGCUGCUUUGCAAAACACUCAGUGACUGGUAUGGAUUUGGAACCACCUCUUGAACUUCGAGUCAGAGUUCUGGAUAUAAAUGAUAAUCCUCCUGUAUUUGCACAAUCGGUAUUUACAGGAUCUGUUGAAGAAUGCAGUAUGGACAACACCCUGGUGAUGAAAAUAAUUGCAUCAGAUGCCGAUGAACCAAAUCACUUGAACUCUAAAAUUGCCUUCAAGAUAGAGAGUCAGGAGCCUUCAGGCCAGCCAAUGUUUAUUAUGAAUAAAUAUACUGGAGAACUCCAUCUAGCAAAUUAUCUUGACAGAGAGCAACACAGUAGUUACACUUUGGUUGUGAAGGCAUCAGACCGGGAUGGAGCAGCAGAUGGAAUUUCAUCCCAUUGUAGCUGUCAUGUGAAAGUUAUUGAUGUCAAUGACAACUUCCCAACUCUUGCUCAAAGCUCCUUCUCAGCAAGUAUUUCAGAAAAUUCACUCAGUUCAGAAAUUCUACGAAUACAAGCUCUGGAUGCUGAUGAAGAGUUUAGUGACAAUUGGUUGGCAGAAUUUUUCUUUAUAUCUGGUAAUGAAGAUAACUACUUUGAAAUUGUUACGGAUCCAGCUACAAAUCAAGGAAUCCUCAGAGUAAUUAAGGAACUGAAUUAUGAACAUAUCCCAACUCACUCACUGAGCAUCGGUGUCAGGAACAGAGCUGAAUUCCACCAUUCUGUUAUGUCUCAAUAUCAAGUCAUUGGAACACCCCUCAUAGUAGAAGUAAAAAACGUGAUUGAACCACCAAGAUUUAACCCAUCUGCAGUGAUCUUAUCUGUACCACAAAGAACAAGGGUGAAUUAUGUUGUGGGAACAUACACAGCCUUUGAUGAGGACACAGGCACAACUGCAAAUAACGUUAUAUACAGUAUAGGACGUGAUCCAGGUGCCUGGUUCAGAAUCAAUCAAAACACUGGGGAAAUCACAUUGAGCAAAGUUAUUGAUUGGGAAUCCUCCUAUGUAACAAAUGGGCAGUACACAGCAGAAGUUCUGGCUAUUACCAGAGGGAUUCCUCGAUAUACUGCUACUGGAACCAUUGUACUUACAAUGCAAGACACCAGAGACAAUUGUCCAGUUAUUAAUACAGAAUUAAGGAAAGUGUGUAUGCAUUCCCCAUCGGUGAUUAUUACAGCAAAGAGCAUAAAUGAUCAAUACGCCCUCCCCUUUACAUUCAGUAUACAUGGUGAACCUCAAACCACAUGGAUUAUCAGAUCAAUAAAUGCUUCCUCUGCAGAAUUAGUAAAUCAGAACAUGGACUUUUACCUUUACAAGAUCUCUAUCAGAGUAAGAGACAGCCAAGGUCGAAGUUGCUUGCAGCCAUAUGUGAUUCCUCUGCAAGCUUGUCGAUGUGACAGUCGCAAUUACUGCAGCAGUGGGGCCACAAAAAUAGUUAUCAUUGGAGGUGGUGGUGCUGCUGGUGGAGGUGCUGGUGGUGCUGGUGGUGGCAGUGCUGGUGGUGGUGCUGCUGGUGGUGGAGCUGGCGGUGCUGCUGGUGGUGGAGCUGGCGGUGCUGCUGGUGGUGGUGCUGGUGGUGGAGGAAGCCAGGCUGGUGGAGGAACGGGACAAGACUAUGGUGGGACUGGGUAUGAAGGAGGUGGCGGCGGUGACUCCAACACAGACUGGGGUACAGACUCUGGUGUAGACACUGGAGGUUAUGACACUUAUACUGGAAGCACGGAUACUGAUUACGGCAGAAAUGAUUAUACUGGUGGAUAUGCCCAAACUGCUGCUACCACACUUAGCGGUUCUGCCAUUGGCCUGAUGUUUCUUGGUGGAUUAAUAUUUGUUUUGAUUCCAAUUUUGAUGUCAAUGAGUGACUGUUGUGGUUGUGGACCUGGAGCUGCAGCUGGAGUUGGAACUGGAUUUGAACCUGUACCUGAAUGCACAGAAGGGGCAAUUCAUCCAUGGGGAAUAGAAGGUGCACAGCCUGAAGAUAGGGAUGUCUCACACAUUCUCGCCCCAACAACAGCUGCUGGAGGUGAUUUUGGUGAACCGUCUGAUAUAUAUACAAAUACAUAUGGAGGAGGAGGAGUAGUAGCAUCCGGUGUGGAAGAAACUACAGGAGUUGGUUAUGGCACUGGUACUGGUUACGGAACAGCUGGAGGAAUUUCUGGAACUGGGGAAGCGAAAGGAUCAGUUGGAGGAACAAUAAAAGAAUAUCGAGAAGGAGGGGUGAACAUGGCCUUCCUAGACAACUACUUCUCUGAGAAAGCAUUUGUGUAUGCAGAUGAAGAUGAAGGUCGGCCAGCAAAUGACUGCCUAUUAAUAUAUGAUCAUGAAGGAAUAGGUACUCCUGUUGGCUCUGUUGGUUGCUGCAGCUUUAUUGGAGAAGAUACAGAUGAAACAUACUUGGAAACUUUAGGACCAAAAUUUAAGACUUUGGCAGAGAUUUGUCUGGGCAAGGAGAUCGAACCAUUCCCUGACGCCAACCCACCUUGGCCAGGCAUUAACGUCACCUUCCCCAACUCUGAAUGUGAUCUAAACCUCCCACCACCUGGAACCACAAUCCUUGUCAACGGAUCUGCACCUAUGGCUCCUCCAGCCGGCACUACCACGGUUGUUACCGAAAACACCUAUACAUCUGCAUCUACCGUACAGCCCCCACGGCCAAUGCCUGAUCCUUUGCUCCAUGGCAAUGUGACGGUGACAGAGACCUACACCUCCGGUUCUCCCUCUCUUUGUGUUGACCCACUGCGUGCAUCCAAUGUUGUUGUAACAGAAAGGGUUGUUGGUCCCGCAUCUGCCUCUGAUUUGCGUGGCAUGCUAGAUAUCCCUGAUCUUGCAGAUGGGUCCAACGUAAUCGUCACGGAAAGAGUCAUUGCGCCUAACUCCCGGCUCCCAGCAUCUCUGAGCAUUCCUGAUUUGGUAGAUGGGUCCAACGUGGUGGUGACAGAAAGGGUGUUCAGGCCUGCCUCUGGGAUGCCAGGCAGCUUAAUAAAUAUUCCCUCAGAGUUAUCCAAUGCCCACAAUGUGGUGGUCACUGAGAGGGUAGUGUCAGGGUCUGGGAUGAGCAACCUGGCAGGGGGAGGACUAGGAGGGGCCAGCCUGGGUGGACUGAGCAGCACGGGCCAAAUGCUCAAUGCUGACUGUCACCUUGGUCAGGCAAUGGGCACAGCAUCCCCUGGCACCUCCCGGAGAAGAGUGACAAAGUACAGCACCGUGCAAUAUUCCAGCCAGUAAGGCUCCUGUCAGCGCACCUCCCCAGUGAAAUCACCACUUGCACCUACAUUUAUUAGCUGCCACCCACUAAGAAUAUUGUCAUUAUUUAUAACUAGCACACAGCACUGAAAUUACAGGGAUUCCUCCUUCAGUAAGUAUCUCAGAAGGAUGCCCUGUUACAAGGUCAAAAACUUUGUCAGUGAAAGGAAAGUUGAUGUUAGCUCUAAAUUUUGCUCUCUCUCCACAGAGCUGUAAGCGUGUACAAACAGACAGUAAUGUUUUUGGAGAGAUAUCUGAUUACUAAGCAGAUCAGGGAGAGGGAAUCUUUGCACGCAUGCAGUACCAGCAUGAAUUAAUGUAACAUGGAAGAGUGUUAAAAUACUAUAUUGCUAAGCGA